CAAUCGAUAUUUAAACAUAUAAUGAGUGGCUCUGUGACAUUUUACAAAUUGUGAAAUAAAUCUACUUUGAAUCCACUACUUUUUAAGCUGAAGAGGUGAUACAAAAAGGAGAUGGCGAAUUUAAUGAAACAGGUCAUUUUUACAAUUACUGUUGUUCUGGUGCUGUUAUGUCAGGCCCAGUCUCAAGAAUCUGCUGUGUGUUCAGUUAUACAAGGGCCACCGGGAAGAGACGGGAAAGAUGGUGAAAGAGGGAUGAAAGGGGAUCCAGGUCUAGCCGGACAAAAUGGAUCACAGGGCUUAAAGGGACCUGCAGGACCACAUGGAAAAGCAGGUCCUCCAGGUCAAAAAGGAAAUCAAGGGGAAAGAGGAACCAAUGGUGAACCAGGUCAGCAAGGACCAAAAGGGGAAAAAGGCUCACUUGGUACACCUGGCGCUCCUGGUAACCCAGGUCCUAAGGGAUCAACAGGACCUCGUGGAAUUCCAGGCGCUAUGGGCACUACCAGUGCUCAAGGCAUCAAAGGAGAUCAAGGUCUACAGGGACCAAAAGGAGAAACUGGGUUACGAGGUCCUGCAGGAGUAUCUGGACCCCCUGGGAAAGAUGGUUUUGCAGGUAUUCCUGGUGCCAGUGGUAUACCAGGACCAUCUGGAAUUAAAGGUUCAAAGGGGGACAAGGGAGACCCAGAUACCAGUCUGACCAAAAGAAUUGAAUUACUAGAAGAGAAAUUACAAACGAUACUGCUCAAUCUAGAGGUUAUGGAAAAACGAUAUGGCUUUGAACCUUGGUUCCCACUUCGGAAUAUAUUUGCUAAGAUGAAAUCUCUGCAGCAACCUUUCCUGCUUUUGGCAGCAAUUUGUGUUGGGACAUCUAUGGCACAGCUGUCAGGCAACUGUCUCUCUGGCUUACCAGGUAUGGCUAAAGGUAUUCCUGAGACAAUUGAUCGUGCACUGCAAGUUCCACUUCUAACUAUAAAUCAGAGGAUUGCAAAACUGGAAGCAGCUCUCAAUUUCGAAGGAAAAUUUCACCAAGUAGGAGGAAAAAUUUUUGCCACCAAUGGGGAACAAGCAGAUUUUGAGGCCUCUAAACUGACCUGUAAAAAGGCAGGUGGAAGAAUUGCUACUCCUAUGAAUGAAGCAGAGAAUAGUGCUCUGUUAAGUAUUUUAAAAGAACAAAAUAAAUAUGCAUACCUGGGUGUCACAGAGGGGGUUAUUCCCAGCAUAUACCUUUACCUUGAUGGAACUCCUCUUAGCUAUUCUAAUUGGAGAAAAAAUGAACCCAAUGGAAAAGGAAAAGAAAAAUGUGUGGAAAUGUUCACAGAUGGUCAGUGGAACGACAAAGCUUGCAACCAAAAUCGUCUUACAGUUUGUGAAUUCUAAUCUAAUCAAACAUAUGUUCAAUGUUAAAAGAGAAUAUACUAAAUAUAUACAUAUCCAACCCAAUCAUUCAUGAUCAAAUUAUAUUAUUAACACACAGUAACUGUGUUCUUAUUUAACUGCAUGACUUUGUGCUUAAAAUGAUGUUAAACUAAUAAAUUUAUUUUGAAAGUAAUAAAUGGAGUCAAUAUUGUAAAUUUGAAUUGCCUGAAUAAUAUCCAGAGGAAAACAACAAUGCCACAUGUAAUAAAUGCUCAUUUUACACAAUGACACAUUUCCACAGAAACAAAUAAGAAUUUGUGUAUUUGUGUAAUUUGUGUAUUAAAAAUAAACAGCUCUUAUAAUC